AAAAGUGUUCAGAUCCAUUGGAUUGAACUCAAAUAUCAUUGUUAUGCAUUAAUAGAAAAAACACAUAUCGAAUAGAUGAGCAAAAACCACCUCAAAAGGAAACUCCUCUAUCCUUAAUCUCAGACAUAUAAAGACAAAUCUCCAAACCUUGACCGAAUCUGACGAUGAACGCCGUCACUCUCCUGGGAAACGCAACGAUGAGACCCUCCAAAUGCAUUCUUUACGCGUUGACAAGAAUCUCAUCAUCCAAAUCCACUCCAAACGCAGCAUCUCGAUCGAACCCUUCGCAGUUCUUGAGCAGAAACAAUACCCAGAAUCUGAAUUCAAGCGCCAAUAUCAGCAAAUCAAGUUUUGUACUUUCCUCAAACGAUCCAAGAGGAAGCUUGGUUGCAGCUCGGGUUGCUUCUAGGGCAAGAAACCUCUCAACUUCAACAGAAAUCCGUGAGAAUGACGCGACUUUAGAGAGAAUUUGUGGAAAACACGGCCUAAAGGCGGGACCUGCCAUCGAGAGGGUAAAAAUCGAUGAGAAAGCUGCAAAUAGAGAUGAGUUGGAGGAUGUUAAGAAGAGAAGCGAAACCAAAGAGGAAGAAGCCUGGAGAUUGCUGAAGGAAGCUGUUGUUACAUACUGUGAUUGCCCCGUCGGGACAGUAGCUGCGAAAGAUCCAAGCGAUGCAACGCCAUUGAACUAUGAUCAAGUCUUUAUACGGGACUUUGUGCCUUCCGCUCUAGCUUUCUUGCUUAAGGGGGAGCCCGAGAUUGUGAGAAACUUCCUCCUUCACACAUUGCAGUUGCAGAGUUGGGAGAAAACGGUUGAUUGUUACAGCCCAGGCCAGGGAUUAAUGCCUGCGAGUUUCAAAGUCAGAAGCGUACUUCUCGAAAAUGACAAAUGUGAAGAGGUUCUGGAUCCAGAUUUUGGUGAAUCUGCUAUAGGUCGGGUCGCUCCCGUUGAUUCUGGUCUGUGGUGGAUAAUACUGUUGAGGGCGUAUGGAAAAAUCACGGGAGAUUACACGCUGCAAGAGAGGAUAGACGUGCAGACGGGGAUAAAGAUGAUAAUGAACCUGUGUUUAGCCGAUGGUUUUGAUAUGUUCCCGACUCUGUUAGUCACUGAUGGCUCCUGCAUGAUAGAUCGCCGCAUGGGUAUCCAUGGCCACCCUCUUGAGAUCCAAGCUUUGUUCUACUCAGCUCUUCGGUGCUCUCGUGAGAUGAUAACUGCGAAUGAAAGCUCAAAAAACCUGAUCAGAACAAUCAACAACAGGCUCAGUGCGUUAUCGUUCCACAUCAGAGAAAACUACUGGCUCGACAUAAAGAAAAUCAACGAGAUAUACCGUUACAAAACAGAAGAGUACUCCAUGGAUGCCACCAACAAGUUCAACAUCUACCCAGAACAGGUCUCACCGUGGCUCAUGGACUGGAUUCCAGAAAAACCUGGAUCUGGCUUUCUGAUUGGAAACCUCCAGCCAGCUCACAUGGACUUCAGGUUCUUCACGCUGGGAAAUCUGUGGUCAAUCAUUUCAUCUUUAGGAACUCCGAAACAAAACGAAGCUAUAUUGAAUUUGAUUGAAGAGAAAUGGAAUGAUAUCAUCGGGCAUAUGCCUCUUAAGAUAUGUUACCCAGCUUUGGAGUUUGCAGAGUGGAGUGUUAUCACUGGAAGUGACCCGAAGAACACGCCAUGGUCAUACCACAACAGUGGAUCAUGGCCAACUCUUCUUUGGCAGUUCACAUUGGCCUGCAUCAAGAUGGGCAGACCAGAGUUAGCAGAGAGAGCAGUGACCUUGGCUGAAAAGAGGCUCCAAGCUGACCGAUGGCCUGAAUACUAUGACACUAGAAGUGGGAAGUUCAUCGGGAAACAAUCCAGGCUUUACCAGACAUGGACGAUUGCUGGUUACCUGACAUCAAAGAUGCUCCUGGAGAAUCCUGAAACAGCCUCAUUGUUGUUCUGGGAAGAAGAUCUCGAGCUUCUUGAGACAUGUGUCUGUGCUCUCACCAAAUCCGGCAGGAAGAAGUGUUCUCGAGUCGCUGCAAAGUCUCAGAUUCUUGUUUAAGAGCGUUCCUUUGUACAUAGAUAACUUAGGAUAAAAGUUCCUGUCGAGCAAAUGUUGUGCAGGUCAACCAAAUUUGUCAACACAACUCAUCUGUGUAUAUGGUACUCAAUGGAGAAAUCAGUGUUUUUGUA